AAUCUCGCUGUCACACGUUAUCAGUGCAUAGCAAUAUACCGCAAUCAAGGCACACAAACCCCGAUUUCUCCACUUCCCAUAUUCAAUCACGCCAGAGUUAAACCUCAACGACGCCUGAAACGAAGCGGAUCACCUGUGGCCUCGUCUCGUGGCGUUGGACAUUCUUUACGUUCAAAAUGUCGCAAGUAGCCUUGUGGGUGCUGAGGAUUCUGGAGAUGGCUGGAACGUGCACAGCCUUCAGCCUGCUGGUCCACAAGGGGGGCUGGGGCGAGCACAACUACGGACACUUCUGCAUGGCCGUGUGGUGCAUCUGCUUCAUCCUGAGCACGAUCGUGAUAAUCGUCGAGAUAUCGAGAUUCUACAAGAAGCUGCCCUUCUCCUGGAGCGACCUCACCAUCACCAUCUCGACGUGCUGCUGCAUCAUGCUCCUCCUCGUCUCCAUCUUGUACCCGGUGUUUUUCCUCAAUGGAAAUAAAGUCACCGACGAAGUCAAAGGCUUCAGGAUCGGGACCACGGUGGCCUCCUGCCUGACGACGCUUGUGUACGCGGCGGAGGUGGGAGUCGCACGUCACACUGCCGACGAGAUGAAUGGCUUCAUGUCCACCAUCCCGGGCAUCCUCAAGAUCGUGGAAGCCUUCAUUGCUAUCCUCAUCUUCUUGGUGGUCGAUGAUAAAGACGUCUACAACACGAUGCCCGCCAAGGAGUGGUCCAUGGCCGUCUACUGCCUCUGCUUCAUCGGGUCCCUUUUGGCAAUUGUUGUGGCCAUAAUCAAAUGGCCAAUUCACGGAUUUGACCCUCCCGUGGACAAAAUCAUGUUGGGAUUUGCGGCAUUUGCUGUCGUCGCAUAUGCUUCUGCUGUCUUCCUCUGGCCCAUUUAUUCUUUCGAUGGUGCCUUUCAAGUUGCUGAGAACUCAAGACCACUCAAUUGCCCGACCGAGUGGGGUACAUGUAAAUAUGACGACAAUGUAUCAGUGACUGUAGCUACUUGUUUCAAUUUCAUUGUUUAUUUAAUAGAUCUUAUCUUGAUAACCAAAAAGGUACUUAAGCGAUAACCUAAUUAUCGCAUACAUUUCCAAACUCGAAUUAUAUACCAACGUUUUUCCCUCUGCAUAUAUGUAGAGGACUUUGAUUGCGUGAAAUUAGCAUGCUCAUAUUUGGAUGAAAUAUUUGUACAAUAAUAUAAAAUAAUUGGUUAAGUGUAUGUAUGUGCGGUCACUGCUUGCUACAUACAUUGUGGUUUUAAAUACGGAAGUCUCUAAUAAAAUUUUAGUUUUGAUAAGAAUUUAUUACAAUGUGGACCUUGCAAUGUGUUUAUUUUAUAGACUAAAUGAUGCCUCCUCCUACGUGUUCAGGCAGACGCAUUAACCACGUGUCGUCCUGGUGCUGGCGUGCGAUAAUUAUCUGCAUGUUUCGCUUAGUACAGUUUGUCUUUUAAAUACUGGACUAAUGUAGGGGUGAGAUUCCCCGGUAUACAGUAUUGCAUCUUUUUUAUUCUUAACAAAACCCCAUUAUUUCUACGAAUACCAGCUUGCAAUGCUAUUAAUACGGACUUUUAUGUUUUAAACAUAGCAAGGAAUAAAUAUACAUAUGCAUGCAUGGAUUCUGUAGCUCCAAUAUCCAUUUUGUCCUUGGGGGCACCACGGUGGCAGGAUGUUAAUGAUCUCACUUUGUAUAUAUGGAGUUUGCAUGUUAUCCCCAUGGUCGCGUGGAUUUUUCUCCGGGACCUCUGGUUUUUCCCCUCACAUUUAGAAACAUGCGUUUGGAGUGUUUGGCUGCUAUACAUUUCCACGUGAUAAGCCACUUCGUUGAGCUAUCAUUUGUGGCCAAGUCGUUUCUGAAAAACAGCUAUAUAGCUCAGUGGGCCUUACCUGGUGAAAUACAAAUAGUAGUUAAAUAUAGUAAAUAUUUAAUUGGCAAAAGCAACGUGAGGGCUUUCAGCCAUGCAACGAGAAUGCGUGAGAUGUCACCAAUAGGCAAUGCGCAGACGUGGCAUACGAUGCCAUUACAUUACUGGCAAGGAAUAACCUUUUAGCACUGAUUUCAUCACCAAGUUUUGGGCAACGCUUUGAUCAAUUUGGCCAGGCUUUCUCUAGGAUAAGGCCCUAAAAGUAACGUACCUUUAUACUUAUCUUUUGUUCAUAUUGGAUCAUCUUUAUGAAAGUUAGCGUGCACCCCCUCCCACCCCAUCUCUUCGCCCUCGAUCGACAGACGGAUGGAGAGAGCUUAAUGCAUGUUAAAACGGCAAUAUAAAAGAAAUGGGGAACAAAAACACUGAAACCACCAAUGAUCUCAAGUGACUUCGUGAGCAGCACGAAACUGGGACGGCCUGGUGCGUUCCCUUUGCGCGCAGUGUGAAGACACUUCUAACAACAAGUCAAUAAUAGUUUGCACAUUGUACAAAUGUUUCUCUUCGCGGGUCAAUUAGUAGUUAUUUUGUUUAUUUUCAUUUUUAGGGAUAGCCCCCCCCCCCCCCCCCCGCUAAACCCCCUGUGAUAUGCAGCACACGGUACAUCCGCCCACGUUAUUUCGAGGACACACUUUAAGGGAUGAUUUAAAAAUCGAUAAACUCCCGAAGGAGUUGACCCUCUUACAACUCAUGAUCACUCUACCUACGUUGAGUAUAAAAUAAGAGCACGUGGAAUGUUGUUGUUGCUUAUAAUAUGCAAAUAACGUGUAGUCCAGGAUAACAAAACUAAUCGUGCAUUAACUACUUGACGGCAUAAUGUACUAUAAUAGGGCAUUGCUUUUGUGUUCAUCCUGUGUUUACCCCAAUUGGAUGAAGGCCUCCCCACAUUGUUUUUAAUUAUGAGGGGCGUUUGACAAGUACAAAAGCUGGUCGGUGUUGGUUGUUGAAGGGGGAUGUGCCUGGACUGGAUCGGCAUGUAAUUUUUCCACUGAUGUUCACCAUGAUCAAGAAUUAAAAUCUCGUCACCAUGUUCACAGUGCAGUGCGUAAAACAAUGCACCAUGCUGCUCUACCUUAGGUAAAUAAUUGUAAUAGCUGGCAUAAUGGUAUUGUUUAAAUAUUUCAGUGCAUGAGUUUUCUGAAAAAGAAGUCUUUAAUAUCUGGUGAGGUUUUUAUUCGGUAAAUAAUUGCCAUUAUAUUAUCGUUAUUUUGACAAUACAUUAUAUUAUUAUGAGAAUUUCAGUAAAAUGUUCUUAUUACAAUUGAAAUGCGCUUCUCAAAUUAGUUUUUUAAAAUGUUUGUUAUACACAUCAGUGGGGUGAAGUCGUGUACUGUAUUGUAUUACAAAUGCAAAAAAAAAUCCUUUGUGUGUAGUUAUAGUACGGAUGCUUACAGAACUGUGUGCGAUUCCAUUAAAAUGGUGUAUUUACAAUAUUCAAAUAUAGGGUUCAGUUAUGCCAAGUAAAGUAACAAUUUUAAGUAAUGUUAACAUGUAAUUUGCAUUUUGAUUUAAAGCUUUUGUGACUGUAGGGAUUCAUAUUCUUGGUUCUUUCGCUAAAGUCACGUAGAAGGGAAACAGUAAAAUAAUAAAAAUAUAAAACAAUUAAGCAAUCAUCAUUAGGUGUGAAAUCCACACCUGAUGAUGAUUGCUUGGGUUGCAGUCGAAACGUGGUGAGAAUUUUAUUAUUUUAUAUUUUUAUUAUUUUCCCUUCUACGUGACUUUACCGAAAGAACCAAUAAUAGGUGAUUUGCAUUCAAUUUGUUUUGUGUCCAUUUCGAAAAAGUUCAUGUUAGUCUCAUGCACCACAACGUAAUUACACUUGUAAAGGUUUUUUUUAAAGUCUAUUCCCAUGCCCAAUAAACGUCGGUAUUUCCAAUUG